GGCUGCGGUGCGGCGGGCCCCGGCGCAGGGAGAGGCGGAGGUGUCGCUGGGGGUGUCCCGGCGAAGCGCCGCUAGGGUGGCCGUGGGCUGACGCCGGCCCGCCCGGGACAGCGUGUGCGCGGAGCUGUCUGCUCGUUUGCUCGCUGCACUGUUGGGUUUUUUCCUGGGGCAUGAGAGUCUUGCCAUUGUCUUUGCUCAGUAAUAUGGUCCUAGACUUAAAGGGGAAGAAGUUUUUUCAUUUUGAGAAGGUUCUCUUCAGCAACACUACAAUUUUCCUGAAGUUUGAAGGAGACGAGAAAGCUUGUGAUCCCUUGCAGGGUUACAAUGUUACCUGGUACUUUAGAUAUUCUGAUUGCUACAAUGAAGUCUCCAACUUUGGGGAUGAUCAAGCAGUGUCUUAUUUUGGAACCACUGCUGAAGCACAUACGGGUUGGUCAGGAUCCUAUGCCAUGGCUUCACUCUUCUUCCCCAACUGUUCUGAGCUCUUCAAACCACAGAUUUUCUAUAAAGAGUAUAUUCCCCUAGAACACCUCUCAGAUGAAAAGCAAGAGAGCUUAAAAGAUAAGGAGAAUGCAACAAACCACACAAUGGUGGCAGAGAAAACUGCAAGGAAUGCUGUGAUCCAAACCCGGAAAGAUGGGCCAUAUAUCUUCAUUGUACAAAUUGGGAUUUCAGCCUUGAAGGAGUCUAGUAUCAACAUGAAAAGGAGGGAGAUAAUGGCACCCUCCUCUGAUCCAAAAGAGAGUCUCUUUACAAUGACUGUGGAACUGAAGGGUCCAUAUGAGUACCUCUCUCUUGCAGACUAUCCUCUCAUGAUUUUUUUCAUGGUGAUGUGUAUCGUAUAUGUGUUCUUUGGAGUUCUGUGGCUUGCAUGGUCAGCCUGUUAUUGGCGGGACCUCCUGAGGAUCCAGUUCUGGAUCGGUGCGGUUAUCUUCCUGGGAAUGCUGGAGAAAGCAGUCUUCUAUGCAGAAUUCCAGAACAUCCGCUACACGGGAGAAUCUGUCCAAGGUGCACUGAUACUUGCAGAGCUGCUUUCUGCAGUGAAACGUUCACUGGCUCGAACACUGGUCAUCAUCGUGAGCCUGGGAUACGGGAUAGUUAAGCCUCGUCUUGGAGUCACUCUUCACAAAGUAGUUACGGCUGGAGUGCUCUAUUUAUUAUUUUCUGGCAUGGAAGGUGUCCUUAGAGUCAUAGGGCUUUUCUAUGGCACUAUGGCUCUGAUAGCGAACUUGGGUCUAUCAGUGAUUGAUGCCUGUAUUAUUUUGUGGAUAUUCAUCAGCUUGACUCAAACGAUGAAGCUGCUAAAACUUCGGAGGAACAUUGUGAAACUCUCUCUUUACCGGCACUUCACCAACACUCUUAUCUUGGCAGUAGCAGCAUCUAUUGUAUUUAUCAUUUGGACCACCAUGAAGUUCAGGCUGGUGGAUUGUCAGUUGGACUGGCAGGAGCUGUGGGUGGAUGAUGCCAUCUGGCGACUGUUGUUCUCAAUGAUCCUUUUUGUCAUCAUGGUUCUGUGGAGGCCGUCUGCCAACAGCCAAAGGUUUGCUUCCUCACCAUUGUCUGAGGAAGAUGAGGAUGAACAGAAAGAGCCCAUGUUAAAGGAAAGCUUUGAGGGAAUGAAAAUGAGAAGUACAAAACAAGAACCAAAUGGAAAUAUGAAAGCAAACAAAGCCCAGGAAGAUGAUCUGAAGUGGGUAGAAGAGAAUGUUCCUUCUUCAGUGACUGAUGUUGCUCUCCCAGCCCUUCUGGAUUCAGAUGAGGAAAGAAUGAUUACACACUUUGAAAGAUCCAAAAUGGAGUGAAGAAGAAGCUUCUUGAAAGUUCUGUUUCCCGUAGGCUGCCCAGUGGAUCAGGUGCAUUCUGCUGAUCUCUCUUGAUCUUCAUCUUUGGAACUGGACACUGUAUUUGAGUGAGGGCAUCUUACACAGUUCACUGUGGAAGAGGUUCGCAAGGACAUUGAUAAACCUUUGGAAAAUGUUUGAAUUUAUGGUGUUGCUGCAAGUUUGGAUUUUUAAGUGAUUUAAAUGUGUGUUCCAGCACCUUCUGUAACUUUAAAUAUCUGAAGAAUCUGUCAAACUAAAAGUCCUAACAUCUGACUGAGGGACUAUGAAUUCAAUGUUACAAUUAACUUCCACAGGUCAACUACCUGCUUUUGGUGGAGGGUAGAAGAAAUUGGUGAAGAGUUAUUUUAGAAACAAGCUUCCCAUUUAAUUGGAAAUAAUGGCUAAUAGAUGGAGACUGCACAGCUGGCUUAGAAGGAGAGGAGGUUUUUGAGUAAGAAGCCCCAGUAAUUGAAGGAAAUCAAUUAAGAUACCAAAAAGGAAAUAUUUGAAAAAGUUACAAUAUUGAUGUUUUUAACAAAACCAAGUGCAAUUUUAUUAACACUGUGUAGGAAAGAUUUUCUAUUUUAAAUGUCAUUGACCUAGGAGCAACAGUUGCAUAACUUUAGCAUUUGUUGUGGCACAUCUCAUUGCUGGCAAUGUGGUGGAUGCCUGAAAAAUGACUUACCCAUACCUUCAAAGUGUUGCGUGGCCUAAUAAAAAUUUCCUGCAACACUUUGCUAAUGUUUGUCUGACUAUGAAGUUAAGCAAAUAUUAACGAGAUAUUUCAGUAGAACUCUACUCUGUGCAAGUGACCUGUCUGCCAAGAGGUCCAUACUCAUCCAUGAGAAGUUGGCACCACCUCCCAGAAGGAGCAAGUUCUACUUUCCCCUGCAGGCAAAAGCUUUGCAGGUUUUGAUGCUAAUAUGUUCUGCUAGGAUAUUUCCGCUCCUGAGGUCUAUUAAGGAGAAGGGGUGGGGGGAGUUUAAAAAGUCACCUGUUACAUAAGUGGUUUAGUGAUCGGUUUUCCUGUCCAGUCCAUCCCUGUGGCCAACAGGUGCUCUUUGUUCAUUUGAUCAAUGUCUGAGUUGCAGAUUUCUAUUCUGUACAGAAUGUUCUUCUCACUUUUUAAAAGCAGGGAAAAAAGUCUCUGCUUUUGGUUUUUUAAUCAUCUUUCAUACUUUCUAGCCUGGAAGUUUCACUUGCAAUAAUUUAAAUGUGCAUGCCCAUUGUAGGCCACGGGUUUGCACGUGUAAGUUGCACGGGUGCUAGUGAGGCUAUACUUGGCCUGUAGAGUCUUUACUUCUGAUAAUGACAGGAGGCAACAACAGCUUGACUUUUACAUCCCAUGUGGAGUUUGCAGUUAAACAGGUUUUUACUUGUAAAUUGAGCACAUUUGAUUCAGAAAUUGAUGAGAUAAUAUGUAAUGCUCAAAGUGCCCUUGAUAGAGCUGCCCUUGUGGAGGAGAACUGCACUAAAAUCUCAAACUCAUAGACUUUAGAUGAGCACAAUGGUCCCUUCUGGCCUUAGUCUGACCUCCUGCACAUUGCAGGCCACAGAACCUCGCCCAUCCUUUCCUGUAAUAGACCCAUAACCUGUCUGAGUUACUGAAGUCCUCAAAUAAUGAUUUAAAGACUUCAAGUUACAAGGUAUCAGCCAUUUACUCUAGUUUAAAUCAGCAAGUAAACCAUGCCUAAUGCUGCAGAGGAAGGCAAAAACCUACAGGGUCUUUGCCAAUCUGACCAAGAGGAAAAUUCUUUCCUGACCCCAAAUACGGCAAUCAGUUGGACACUGAGCAUGUCAGCAAGAUACACCUGCCAGACACCUGGGAAAGAAUUCUCUGUAGUACCUCAGAGCCCUCUCCAUCUAGUGUUCCCAUCCCUGGAUAUUUGCUAGUAUAGUCGCAGAUGGGCCACAUGCCAUUGUUGGCAGUCCCAUCAUACCAUCCCCUCCAUAAACUUACCAAGCUCAGUCUUUGAAGCUAAUUAAGUUUUUUUUGCCCACACUGCUCCCCUUGAAGGCUGUUCCAGAACUUCACUCCUCUGAGGGUUAGAAACCAUCAUCUAAUUUCAAGCCUAAACUUGUUGAUGACCAGCUUAUAUCCACUUGUUCUUUUGUCAACAUUGGUACUUAACUUAAAUAACUCUUCUCCCUCCCUGGUAUUUAUCCCUCUGAUUGUAUUUAUAGAGAGAAAUCAUAUCUCCCCUCAGCCUUUGGUUAGGCUAAAUAAGCCAAGCUCUUUCAGUCUCUUCUCAUAAUCUAGGUUUUCCCUUCCUCUGAUCAUUCUGGUAGCUCUUCUCUGUACCUGUUCUGAAUUCAUCUUAAACAAGGGAGACAAGAAUUGCACACAGUAUUCCUGAUGAAGUCUCACCAGUGCCUUGUAUAAUGGCAGUAACACUUCCCUGUCCCUAUUGGAUAUGCCUUACCUGAUGCAUCCUAGGUUUGCAUUAGCCUUUUUCAUGGCCGCUUCACAUUAGUAGCUCAUAGUCAUCUUGUGAUCAAUUCUUAUAACCAGGUCUUUUUCUCCUUUUUCACCUCCAACUGAUAAGUCCUCCGCUUACAGCAGACAUUCUUGUUGUUAGUCCCUAAGUGCAUGACUUUGCACUAUUAAAUUUCAUCCUAUUUCUUUUUCUUCCGUUUUCAAGGUUGUCCAGAUCUUCUUGUAUGAUAUUCCAGUCCUCCUUCCAACUUUGCCAUCCGCAAAUUUUAUUAGAUCACUCCCACUUUUUAUGCCAAGGUCAUGAAUGAAAAUGUUAAAUAAAACUGGUCCCGAGAUGGAUCUCUCAAGAACUCCACAAGUGUAACCUCCCUCCAACCUGACCGUUCUCCUUUGUAGAGACCCAUUGUAGUCUCCCCUUUAACCAGUUAAUUAUCCACCUUUUUAGUUCUCAUAUUAAUCCCGGUCUUCUCCAAUUUAAUUUAUAAUUUCCCAUGUGGAACUGUAUCAAAUGCCUUACUGAAAUCCAGGUAGAUUCGAUCUACUGCAUUUCCUUUGUCUAGAAAAUGGAUUAUCUUAGAGAGAAAACCAUGUUUGCAUGUUUUGUAACACCAUAGUCACAUGCUUUCAUUGGCCACUUUCCUCAUCCAGCAGUCUACCCUCACAAUUCUUUAGUCCAGCUUCCAUCUGUGAGUCUUGAGUUUUCCCUUCUGCCUUCUCUCGCCUUCUAUCCAUCAUCUGCUUGAAUACCCUUUGAAACUCAACCAUGGUUUACACCUGCAUCUCCAAAUCUUGGAUCUUCUCUUCCAUCAGCUCUAUCAGGCGGCACUUCAUACAAAUGAAGUUUUUGGGCUCUUUGGGUACCCACUCCAGGAUAAUGUACAUCCCGCAGCGUCCACAUCCAGUCAUCUUCACUGUUUCUUCCAUUCCUUGGAUCACUACCACUGCUGCCUUUGUGUCUGUCAUAGUGUUCCCGCCUAAACUCCAUUCAAACCCUGCAAGCUCAGAACACCACACUCCCUCUCCCAGACUCCAUUUUCUGCUGUGUUUGCUAUCUCCUGCUGCUGGCUGGCUGCUUGGCUGCCUUUAUAGGCCUGCUAAUCAGGGCUCUGUUACGAUCAAAGGCCAGACAGCAAACUAGCAAGCAAACAGACUCUCAAGAACUUAAUCUCUGCCCUUAAGAAACAGGGGCUUGCCUCCCUCCUUUCUCUAACAGCUCUACACUCAAAUUCCUCUGUUUGCUGGCUCCUAUGCUGCUGCUAACUGGUUCUUUUGUGCUAGUCUUCAUAUUUUCUUUUAACUCUUGUUUGAUAUUAAAGGUGAAUGGAACAAAAAA